AUGUUGCGCAUCCAGUUCUGGAUCAGAGGCGUCAUAUUCCUCGGGAUGUUUGAAAAGGCGGUGUUUUAUGCGGAGUACCAGUCCAUCAACUCGACGGGCGUGUCGGUGAAGGGGGCGGUGCUGUUCGCGGAGGUUUUGUCGUGUUUUAAGCGAACUCUGGCCCGAAUGCUAGUCAUUAUAGUGUCGUGCGGUUUCGGGAUUGUUAAGCCUCGAUUGGGACCGAUAUUACAUCGGGUCGUAUGUGUUGGCGAUCUGUACUUCAUUCUCGGGUCACUGGAAGCCGUACUUCGCAUCUAUAAGUCGGCGUUCAUUUGCUCCGAUUUGGACACAUCUAUGCUCUUGAGGUUGAGGUCGAUGUCCAGCAGUCGGGCCACCAUUAGGACUGUCCGACAGGAGGGCUCUCAACCAUACUCCAUGUGUUGGCUAUACUUAGCACCAGAUCUAUGA